GAUGGCUUAUUCGCUGAAGCACCGGCAAAUUGGGUAUAUUACAAAGCCAUGGAGUUUUCUUUGCUUUGCAUUGGUUACCUUGCCUUCCAUAUGCUCGUGUUAAUGCCUCUUCCAAUUUCAUCGGAGCUGCUGACUCUGAAACAAAGCUUUGGUAAUAACCCAUCUCCGUUUCCUCCAAAUUUUCUCUUCGGGACAGCCUCUGCUGCUUACCAGUAUGAAGGUGGUUACUUGAGUGAUGGCAAAGGAUUGAACAACUGGGAUGUUUAUACCCAUAAGCCAGGAAACGUCGUCGAUGGAAGCAAUGGAGACAUAGCGUUGGAUCAUUAUCAUCGCUAUUUGGAAGACAUUGAUCUAAUGGCCUCACUUGGAGUCGACAGCUAUCGUUUCUCUAUUUCCUGGGCAAGAAUUUUACCCAAGGGAAGGUUUGGCAAUGUCAACUUAGCAGGCAUCCAUUUCUACAACAAGCUAAUCAAUGCUCUCAUGCUUAAAGGGAUUCAACCAUUUGUAACUUUGAAUCAUAUUGAUCUUCCCCAAGAGAUGGAGGACAGAUAUGGAAGUUGGCUGAGUCCUGAAUCACAACUGGAUUUUGCAUAUUUUGCAGAUUUGUGCUUCCAGUCAUUUGGAGACAGGGUGAAGUAUUGGAUCACUUUCAAUGAACCCAAUUUUCAGGUCAAGUUCGGGUAUCGAGUAGGGACUUUCCCGCCUUCGCGAUGCUCGUUUCCAUUUGGAAAUUGUACCGAUGGUGAUUCAGAGAAUGAGCCUUUCAUAGCAGCUCAAAACAUUAUCUUAUCCCAUGCAGCAGCUGUUAAUAUUUACAGAUCCAAAUACCAGGCCAAGCAAGGUGGAAGCAUUGGAAUUGUUGUCAACGGGGCAUGGUUUGAACCCAUCAGCAACUCCAUAGCUGACAAGCUAGCAGCACAAAGAGCUCAAUCCUUCACUAUUGAUUGGUUCUUAGACCCUGUUGUUUUUGGUAGAUAUCCUCCUGUAAUGCAAAGCAUUUUAGGGUCUACUUUACCAGAAUUUUCGAAAACCGAGAAGGAAAUGCUGAAGAAAGGAGUGGAUUUCAUCGGAAUUAACCAUUAUACAAGCUAUUAUGUCCAGGAUUGUAUGUUCUCCGUGUGUGAACCGGGGACAGGAACCUCAAGGACUGAAGGGUUAUGGAGACAAAAUUCACAGAAAAACGGCAUCCCAAUAGGAGAACCUACUGAUGUGGAAUGGCUACAUGUUUACCCUAGAGGAAUGGAAAAGAUCAUAACCUAUCUUAAAAAGAGAUACAACAACAUCCCAAUGAUCAUCACAGAAAAUGGAUAUGGUGAGGUGACCAAACCAAAUUCCACCAUUGAAGAUUCCUUACAAGACACCAGACGAGCCAAAUACAUGGCUGGAUACUUGGAUUCUCUAUCAACAGCAAUCAGGAAAGGAGCAGAUGUUAGGGGCUAUUUUGCUUGGUCUUUGCUAGACAAUUUCGAAUGGGAAUUUGGGUUCACAAGAAGAUUCGGACUUCACCAUGUUGAUUUGAAGACACUGGCGAGAACACCCAAGUUUUCUGCAACUUGGUACAAGAAUUUCAUUGCAGAGCAUGCCAAUGUAAAAAUCCGAGACAGUUGAUUGUGUCCGUACAAGGAUGGAUCGAGGGGAGUGUUACGAGGUGCA